AUGUUAUUAAUACUUGAAUACGAUGUGACAUUGAUAUUCCCCGAUGAUAAUUGGGGUAAUGUCCAGAGACUGCCUACAGAGAAGGAGCGACAGAGGUCUGGUGGCAUUGGUCUUUACUAUCACUUUGACUAUGUUGGUAGACCCAAGAGCUGGAAAUGGCAAAACAACAACAAUCUGCCCAAGGUAUACAAGGAGCUGUCACAAGCCUACGAGCGUGGAGCCGACAGAGUUUGGGUCAUUAAUGUUGGCGACAUCAAGCCUAUGGAGAUUCCUCUCUCAUUCGCCCUGGACCUUGCGUUGGAUACGUCCCGGUUUGAUUUCGACACCAUUCCCCUAUACCUCAAAGCUCUAGCCACGCGAGACCUUGGUGAUAAGUACUCCGAGCAGAUUGCAUCGGCUUUGAUGGAAUAUAGCCACCUAGCGGGUCUGCGCAAAUUUGAAAUGCUGGAACCAACGACAUAUUCCAUAGUCAACUUCCGAGAGGCCGGGCAGGUGCUCGAUCAGUGGAGAAAGCUGGCCACGAAAGCACAAGAAAUUCAGCAGUCGUUACCUAGCGAGCGCCACAAUGCUUGCUAUCAUCUCCUAACUUAUCCCGCGACGGCGGGAUUCAACUACUACCAAACAAUCCUUGGCCAAGGCAAAAACCGCCAGUACAGCUUCGAACGCCGUAACUCAGCCAACAUGGUAGCGGGAGAGGUACUAGAGUACUUUGAGGAAGAUCAUGACUUGACAUUGGAGUAUGACAACCUUGCAAAUGGCAAAUGGGAGGGCAUCAUGUCGACUCCCAAAUUUGAUAUGGGCAUCGCAGACUGGCGUCCCUCAUCAUGCGACGUCGUUGCAAAUCUAUCGUAUGUGCAGCUACGACAGGACUUCGACUACGCCUUUGGCAACCUGGGUAUCUACGUCGAGCAGUCUCUUAGUGCUUAUCGCCAAGGUCGGAUCUGUGGGUCUAUCAAUCCUUCCCUACCAACUGAGGAAGGCUUUUCACCAGUACUCCCACUUAUGGAUCCCUACGGCCCAAAAUCACGGCUCAUUGAGCUCUUCCAUCGGGGCGACCAUCGCAAGCCGCUCAAAUGGUCUAUCUCGACACCCUAUUCAUGGGUUCAGAUCUCCCAGACAUCAGGCAUACUCUCGAAAGAACACCCCGAGGAACACCUCGAAGUCUCGAUCGACUGGCCCGCUGUCCCAACCAACUUUACCGAGACAAUUCAGCUACAUGUAGAAUGCCAACCGUCUCCUCCGUAUUUUGAUCUAAUCCACAUUCCAAUCCGCAACCACCGCGUCCCGACCAACUUCACCGGGUUCCCUGAGUCAGGCGGCUUCGUGUCCAUGGAAGGUCCGCAUUUCCAACGCUCCUCAUCGGAUACGGUAUCUUUCAAACAUAUUCCGUAUCUAGGGUCGCGAGCUCGGUCCGGAUCCGUCGCACUCCGGCCGUACGUGCAAGCUCGAGAAUCUGAAGAAGGCGCAAAAUCUGCGUUGGCUGAGUACGAUUUCUAUCUCUUCAACUCGACUAAAUCAUUCAAUUUGACUGUAUACAUCAAUGGUGCCCUGGACACAGAUCCAAACCUACCGAUGAAAUUCUCGUUAUCAAUCGAUGGUCAAGAAGCGAACUUCACAAGACUACUGGCUGAGCCUGAAGAGGCUGGGGACACGCCUCCUGGGUGGACCGAGGCAGUGGCGGACCAGGUCUGGACAAGGGAUAUCGAGAUUGCCGCCCUUGAACAGGGUCCGCAUAUACUCGAUUGGGCUGUCAAUUCGCCAGAAGUGUAUCUGGAGAAGAUUAUUCUUGCGCUAGAGGGGCAGUUAGAUAGCUAUCUCGGCCCACCAGAGAGUGCACUAGUGGGCUGA